AUGACUGAAUCACAGAGACCGAAGUAUGAUAGUCUCCCAGGCAUCGACACCGCGCCCGAUGUCUACGAAACACCCGACCUUGUUGAAGACGCCUCCACAAUCCAAGCUUCUACAGCCGUUUCCGAAUCUGAAAGCGAGUCUGACGUUGACGAAUCUGGUGUACGACGUCAGCACCUCCAGCCAGAUCAGGCACGCAGCCGCUUCCAGCCCGCGCGAGUAGACGCUCGAGAUGUAGAUUUCUCCGACAAUAUCACCGCACAAGGCCGCUCGUACCGCACAUCCACCCGCGGCCAGCGACGGAGGGGCGAGGUGCUCGGCGAUGACAGCGGCGAUGAGAAGGAAUCUUUCUCACGGAAAUUGUUGCGGGUGAAGAAGGAGCUGCAUGAGCUGGAGACGGAAUAUGAGGGCAGGUUGCAAUCUGGGGAUAAGACGAAGAUUGAAGAAAGGGAUCCGAAGGAAAUUAUGGAACUUAUUAGCGACAAGGUGGACUACAUAUAUGCCAUGCGAAGGGGUGGCGUGCGAGGCGCGGAGCCGCUAUUAGCAAGGACCAUUGAGAAGUUCAAUAGCUACCCUCCUUUUGGACCUUCACCAAGGAUCACAAAAGCAAUUGAACGGCAGCCGCCACUCCCAGGCACACAGAUUCAGCGGUCCCAAUUGGACUUUGUGCUCAACCAAGCCGCAGACUUCGACCAUCGUCUCACUAAUCUCGAGAGAUCACUCGGCCUCAACGGAAACACAAUGCCUGAUCUAGCCGACAAGGCCCCAUUCCCCAUAUUCCCUACAUUAGAGAAAUUAGAGCAGACAAUCAGCACCUUAGCAGAUGCCUCAUCUGGUAAUCUCGACGCAGCUGCCCAACAAAUCAAGAAAAUGAUCCUGGAUGCCGAGCAACUCAAAGAGCUCCGACAAGAAGCCUCACGUUCCACGCCUGGUCCCAACUCCUCCUCCGCCAAAUCUCCAGAACCGUCCGAACAGGAAUCUAAAGUGAACGCUCUCUAUGGCACUCUCCCAGCCAUCGACAAGCUCUCGCCCCUUCUCCCACUCGUUCUAGAUCGCCUCCGGACUCUGCGGCUUGUGCACACUAGCGCUUGGCAAGCAGAUGAGGUCUUGACCGAGUUGGAGCACCGCCAGUCGAAGCAAGAAGACGAGAUCAAGAAGUGGGAGACAUCGAUAGAAACGCAACUUCAAAAUGUUAAAGUCUGCGAGCAGAGUCUUCAGAUGAAUAUGAAGACGGUGGGAGAUUGGGUCAAGAGAAUCGAGGAACGGAUCGAGAAGUUGCCGGCGCCAAGUCAGAGUCACGGAGAGGUAUGAGCGGAUUAUGAGCAGAGAAGACGUAACAUGGCAUUUUCAUAGCAAGCUAGCCUUGCCAUGCAUAGGAUGAUGAGCAAGGGUGGAUGAGAUUGAGACCUCUAUUCACGGGUUGAAUCAGGCCGAAAAUGUAGCAGAUGGUUCAGGGGGCGGUGUGCAAAUAUGGGAUGAACGAGCACU